ACCGCGUCUCUUUUGUUGCUUAGCAACUGCUACUAGCAAAAUACAAGCAUCCUGCUGCCAUCUAUCGUUAUUUUGUUCUAUUUGUAGCAUUUCUGUAGAGUAUCGAACACGAUAGGCUUCCCUGAAGAAAAUGACGUUACCAUGGAACUCUACGGAAGGAGCCCAGUGCCCAGGACAUUGCCAUUUUGCUUGGGAAAGCCAACUAUUCUCGAUGCUGUACAAAGUUGUUUCUAUAGUAACUAGAAUCAAAACAACUAUUACAAGUUCUUCAAAUGUGACACUUGUAUAGUGAUUUAAAUCACUCGUUUUUAUCAAGUUUCAACCAACUCUAUUUAUUGGAACAAGAAAUUUUAGAUAAAAUAAUUACAAUGCAAAGAUCACAGACAGCAAGUAAUCAUCCUGCAACUCCAGGUCAAAAUGUUCUUGCAAGACCACCGUCUGUGUCAAUUUUACAUAACCAAAUGCCAACAGCUAAUUCACGGUUAAAUACGAUCAGUUCGACUGGUUCUGGACAUUUAAAUGUAGGAUUUCCAACAACUGGUUACAUGAAUAUAAAUGUUAUGGAAAGACCGAUCACUCAACAUGGGGUAGCAGCUAUUAGACCUGGUACUGGUAGGGGGAUGACAAGGCAAAUUCAGGACAAGAGAUACUACAUUGGAGUUAUGCAGUUAAAAAUAAGGGAAUUAAAUCAAGAAAUUGCUGUCAUUAUGAAAGAUAUUGAAGAUCAAAAUAAGGAAAGAGCUACUUAUAUACAUUAUGAUAAAAGGGCGAAAGAUUUAGCAGCUGAAUUAACAGCUUUACAAGGACAAUUAGCGGAUUAUAAUAUCGUUGUCGAUAAAAUGACUUCCGAUAUUGGGAAGGAAAUCAUUGAACAAGAAACUGAAGAACUUGCGAUGAAAAAUGAACACAAUCUAUUAAAAAUCGAAAAUAUGUAUGAAGAAAGAAAACAAUUACAAGACAAGCUGAAUAAGAUAGAAAAGCAAUUAGAGAAUGAGAAGAAGAGAACUGAGAGACUCGUAGAGAGUAUGGAUGACGAUACGAGAGAAAAAUAUGACGAAUUAUUAAAAGAAAAAGCAUAUCUACAAGAGAAAGCAACUAAGAUGCAACAAGAGCUAGAUGAAUUAUACAAAGAACAACUUUAUUUGGAAGAGGAAAUAACGCUGUCUCCUUUGAAACAGGAAGCAGUUAAAUUACAUUUGAAAAUUAUUGAAGCAGAGGAAAAAAGGAAUAAAUUGCGGGAAGAAGAAAGGCAUAGAAUUUCACCAGAAGAAGAAAGAGAAAAAUUGUUGCAAAAAAUAAAGCAGGAAAAUAUGGACAUCGCAGCAGCGGAGGCACAGUUAACCGAGAAAAAGAAACAAAUGCAAGAAGUUGAACAAAAAUUAGAACAAUUGGAAACCGACAUCGAGGAUACUCAAUCUGAAAAGCAAAUCAAGUACAAAGAACUUCGUAAACGAGAGGAAAUUAUAGAACAGUUUAUGACAUCCUUCGAACAAAAUAAACACGAUGAAACAACUAAAUUACAGAAAUUAGAAAAUACAAUAAUUGAGUAUUUGGAAAAUAUUUCAAAUAUGACAAACAUCAAUAUUAAUUUUACAGGAAGUGAUGAGAUAGCAAUUUUAAACAAUUUACCUCCAUUUAACGAACACGAGUAUACUAACGGUGAUCAAAGUUUUGAAAGAUUGUCGAAAGACAAUCUGAGGCUGCAACAGAUUUUGAGUGAAAUGGAAAUGUUAGAAAGAAGACUUAAGGUCGAGUCCGAUGAUCUCAAUGAAAGAAUGAAAAAAGAAGAAAGUAAAUUGAUAACGUUAGAAGAUUUAGAUACCCUGAAAACUAAAUUGGCAAUAAAACAAGGGCAACUGACAACAGAAUGUGAACAAUUAAAACAACAGCAAGUAACACAUGAACAAGAACUUGAAGAGAUUCGGUCCGAAUAUAAUGAAAUUAAGCAACGAUUAGAAAAUAAUAGUGUGUAUAGUCAAAUCAGUGUGCUAGAAAAUACAAUGGAAAAUUUAAUAGAAGAACAUAAAAAAAUUGAAAAUUUUAUUGAAAAACAAAAGGAACGUAGCGACUAUGGACCAGUGAAAACAGAUGCUUUUGAUUCAAUAAAUAGUUAUAAUACUAUGUUAAAGCAAAAUUUAAAAGUUAUUUAUUAAGAUAAAA